AUGAGUGAGCAGUAUCUUGGGUGGAGGUUAUUUUUCGACGGUGCAUCGAAUUCUUUUGGAACUGGAAUUGGAGUAGUUUUAGUGUCGCCUGAAGGAAAACAAUAUCCUACUACUACCAAAUUACGAUUUUCUUGUACCAACAAUAUGGCCGAGUAUGAAGCUUGUAUUUUUGGAUUGAAAAUGGCAUUGGAUAUGGAGAUUAAGGACCUGAUAGCAUUCAGUGAUUCCGAUUUACUUGUGCACCAAACGCUUAAACAGUGGGUAACUCGAGAUUCAAAAAUUAUGCUGUAUCAUUGUAAUUUGCUUAGCUUGGCCAGCAAAUUCAGGAAUUUGGAACUCAGACAUAUUCCCCGCACUUGUAACGCCUUUGCUGAUGCUUUAGCUACUCUGUCUUCGAUGAUCCAACAUCCAGAUGAGUUGGUGAUUGAACCUAUACAAAUUCAACUUCAGGAUAGGCCAGCGCAUUGUCUGGUUAUGGAAAGGAUCUCUGAUGUUCGCCCCUGGUGCAAUGAUAUUAAGGAAUUCAUGAAAAUGGGAUCCUACCCUCCUGAUGCUGAUUCUGUUGUAAAAAGUUUCUUACGCUGA